AUGGGAAAAAACGACAAAAAGGGCGGCGACAAGGCUGGAAGCAAGGCCAAGGGAGGUGACAAGGAGGCGGGAGGCAAGGCCAAGGGCGCGCAAUUGAUCAAUGUCCGCCACAUUUUGUGCGAAAAGCACGGCAAAAAGGAAGAAGCGUUGGCGAAGCUGAAUGAUGGCGCCAAGUUUGACGAGGUUGCGCGCAACUAUUCAGAGGAUAAGGCUCGCGUGGGUGGCGCUCUUGGCUGGAAGCCAAAAGGAAGUUUUGAUCCCAAGUUUGAAGAGGUCGCAUUUGCCUUGGAGCCUAGCACGACGAGCAAUCCCAAGAUUGGCGAGGCCAAGACGGAGUUUGGCUACCACAUCAUCAUGGUAGAAGGUCGCAAAUAG